AUGCAAGGUCAAGAUCUGACCAUAGGAUUUGAGGCAGAAACAUUCUGUCCGAAGCAAGAUUUAUACCUUAGUCCGAUAGCCAGGAUAGAUAUCAGUAUAAAGUUGCCCAAGUUCACCAUUCCUGGUCAGUCAAUCUCGAAUUGGGAUCUCAUGGAGCGAUUAAAGAAAGGCAUAGCGCCACUUGAAUUUGCUUCCAUUCGUGUCACGGAAAGUUCACUCGAGGGUGUAUCUCUGGAAGCAGACCUGGUAUCGAAGAAAAUCAUGAGACAGGUUAUGAAAAUACUGGAUUCCCUUACCGUGAAAGUCAGCGGGUUCAGCGAUCCUGUGCGGGUGCGCGCCACGGAAGCAAGAUGCGAUUUUCCCAGACGUCAUGAUUGGGACCUGUUUUUCAUGAAGAAUAAGCUAGAUGAAAGUAAACCGGGUGAGCGACCGGACACCGUUUAUCUCGAGAAAAUACCAAUCAAAUGGUUUGCGGAGAAAGGAUGCGAUAAGCCGAACGAACACCUUUUUCGUACAGCCAUGGAAACUUUUGGGAAAGUACGAUUGGUGGACAUCCCGUCUCUUGAUGAUCUCAGGAAAGAAAUGAGCCCACAAAUUAGUGGUAUCAAGCCCAAAGCUUUCUCAUUUGGCCAGGAUGUUUUUUUCGAAGCGUUUGUGCAAUACACCGAGUACGCUGGUUUUGCGCAAGCUAUGGUGUCAUUCCAGAACAUGAAAUGGACGAAGAAAAUUGAUGGCAAAGUGUUCCAUGCCAACGUUAAGGUGGACUUCGAUCGAACGCGACACUUGAGCGAUUCUUCUGUUAAACGACGACAAGCUGAGCGCGAAAAAAUUCUUGCCGAAAGGCGGCGAUUAGUUGAGGAGGAAAAGCGCCGAAUUGCUGAAGAGGAAGCGAAAGCUCGUCGAAUUUUGGAAGAAAAAGAAAAAAGACGUGAAGAGCGAGAACGAAAAAGGAAAGAAAAGUACGAAGCUGAGCGUUUACGAAAAGAGCAAGAACGUCUGAGACGAGAAGAAGAAGAAAGACUUGCUAGAGAAGCUGAGCUUGCCAAAUUACGAGAGCUCGAGACACGCGUUGCAGAAUCUCGACAUCUCCUUACAAGUGUUUUUGCUCAUAUUCAGCGAAAAGAAGAUCGUCGGAAAGAAGUACAAGAAGCGCGGAUUAGAGCAGAGCAGCGCGUUGUUGAACUCCAAGAUGUUCCAUUAGAAGACAAGGAACAUGUUCUUAGGACUAUGCUUCUGCGUCAGCGUGAACUUCGUAUGCGUGAAGAGUUGAAAGAGAAGAUGGCACGCGCCCUCGAACAAUUAACGCGCUCUGCUAAUGGAUCAGAGAAGAAACAUGAAACGGGUUCGCCGAAUGGAGCUGCAAAUUCAUCCAGUGAUAGUUCGCCGGAGUCGGAAAGUAGUCCUGAGCGCAUUCGCAGAAAAAAGCGUCACUCCACAACUAGUGAAAGAACGAGGAGUAGAAUUGAGAAGCACAAAUCGACGGUUACGAAGUCUAGAUCGAAACGUCAUGAUACAUCCGAUUCUGAUGAUGAGCGUCCAAGAAAGCGUAGAUCCAAGAAUAGUAGCUCCUCAGAUAGUGACAGGGAGCAUCGUAGGCAUCGUAGGCACGAUAGCUCGGAAAGUGAUCAUCGUAGCAGUACCAGAAGCCGUCACCGGCGUGAACACAAAAAGAAUAAGAAACGAAGGAGAAGUAAGUAGACAGUUUUUGAAUAGAAAAUGAUUUUAGUAAUACGGUUGAUUUGCUGUUCUCAUUUUUUUAUUUGUUAAUGAUGUGCGAUAAUAUUGAAAGCGAUAGAUCUACGGUUGCUGUCAAAUACUCCUUCUGGAGAAUGUUAUGCACUUUUCUGUGACAUCUUUGAUUGUGAGAUUGAUUUUGAGCUUAUAAUGUAUUUACUUAUA